GUGCUUUAGUGGCCUUUAACUACUAUCCUUCAAUAACCAAACCUGUUGUCUUGGAUUUGAUCAUUAGACAUCUCAAAAACUCUUCCCGGCCCCUCUAAUAAUGAACGUGUUGCUGGGAAACAUUUUCUGUCUGGUUCUUGUUUGAUAGUUAUGCCUAGAGCUCCCUCCAGCAUAUAUAUAUAUUCUUAAGAUUAUAUUUGUUAGUCUGAACGUUAAAACAUUUGAGGUUUCUGCACCUAGUGAAGUUCAAACCUUUUGAGUAAAGGUGCAGUGUCUGAGUGCUUUGAGUAUCUGCCCUGUUACUUGUUAUCACAAUGUUCAGUAAGAACUUUACUGCUGAAAUUACCAUUGCAGGAUUUGCCAGUGCAUGGCUACGUCUUAGAUAUUUAACCUUAGACAUGCUGAGGAAGAUGGAUAAAUUGGCCUUCUCCAAGCAUUUUGAUUGAUCUUAUCCAUACAAGGACGGUGAUAUGGCAUAGGGACUCUCUGAACCAGAUACGGAAUGCUAUGACUAUACUCAGUAGCUACAAGAUUAAAGCCGGCACUGCAUCUGUGUCUGAUGCCAUCUCUACAAACUACAGUGAUUUUACAGCCAACUGUACGUCUAUUCAAGUGCAAAUCCACAAGAGCUUAAUUCCUUGCUCAAGGUCAUAUGCAAUACUGUUGAGUUGCUACAAUAGUAUGACCUUAAAGCCCAGUAUAACACGAUCUCAGAUGCAGAGUCUGUCAAUCUUGAGAUAAGCAUGGGAUGAUACAACAUAAUCAUUAUGUGGGCAACCACUAAGGAGAUGGAACACAGGCAACACAAGCCGUGAUGUGGUCUUUCCACCUGUUCGUGAAAACUGUUUACAAGAAAGGCAACUUAUGUAAGUUAGGGCAUCUUUUGUCACUGGUGAAGCAAAUCCCCUCCGUAUCGACGCGAGAUGCUUUUCGGCCUGCAAUGGAAGCACUAGUUGCAGAUGGACUUCUACGACAUUCUGACAUGGAUGUGAAGGUGUCAGUUGCAUCUUGCAUCAGUGAGAUCAUGAGAAUUACAGCUCCAGAUCAACCAUAUAAUGAUAGCAUACUUGAGGACUUUUUUGAGCUUGCAGUGUUGGCGUUUGGGAAAUUGUCUUGCUUGGAUGGUCGCUGUUAUUCAAAGGCUGUCUCAAUUAUUGAAGUUCUGGCAAAGUACCGAACAUGCGUGCUCAUGUUGGAUCUCAUGUUAGAUGCAUUGAUUGUUCAGAUGUUUCAACAUUUUCUGAAUGGUAUAAGGCCGGACCACCCUGAUAAAGUAUUCACGGACAUCAAGGAAAUAAUGACCGUGAUAAUAAAAGAGAGUGAAAACAUUCCAAUGCAGUUUCUGAGCAUCCUUGUGAACAUCCUCAUAAAUACUGUUAAGAAGGAAAAUCAGAAUGUUUCGCCUCGUUCCUAUGUGCUGGGAGAGAAAGUUCUUCAAGAAAGUGCUGUCAAACUUCAUCCAUAUCUUCCAAAAGCAGUGACGGCCCUCAACAUUUCCUUUAAAAACUAUUCCGAAGUUGUUGAAUUGACAUGGAGAGAGGCAAUGAAAUGUAAAGCUACGGUGGAAAAUGCUCCCGAAGAGCUUGCAGCGCAUGCUGCACCGGAGAGAGUUGUUCCGUUCUUAGAUCAACCACCUAACUUGCUAGGGAAAGAUGAUCACAAGCAUAAGGACGGUGAUGUCGUUCUAGAGACGGAUACAACUUUAAAGGAAUCAGAACGUGAAAAUGCAAUGAAGCAGCAGAAAAGUACCAAUUCAAGGACCACGUCGCGACCUGAAAACUUGGGUUUCACAAAUACAGUCGAAAAGGCUCUAUAUCCAGAAGCUACUCAAACUUCAAAGAAAAGAGGUUGGAAACCUAGUUUUUUGAAUAAACUAGACGAAGGAUAUGAUGAUGCUUGGAUAAGUGGAGAAAGGAGAUCAAAAGCCCAUAUUCUCUCUAAGGGUUGUGGGAAAGAUGCUAAAAAGAGGAGAAGCAGUUCACCUAAAUGUGCAAUCUCCAAUGGUGAAUCAGGAGCUGAGGCAUUGGGUUCUGUCUCAAACACCAAAGAAAUCAAUUUCCCCAAAGCCUGUAAAAAACAACGUAAACAACGUAAAAGGAAGAACUGGUCAUCACAAGAAAAGGCAUUGGGUUCUGUUUCGAUCUCCAAGAAAAGAAACUUCCCGAAAACCUCUAAAUAACAAUGUAAAAGGACUAACUCCCUAUCACAAGAAGAGGUAAAACAGUUAUUAUUAUUAAUUAGAGCUAAUAACAUCAGACAUUCUUCAGUAACUAGUAAGUGAUAGAAAAAUGAAUGUUUUCGUUUGGAAGUUAUGUGGAUUCAGGUAUAGUACUUGUUCUACCCUUUAGUUUUUGGCUUAUUAUGUACGAAAAUUGAGUGGUGCAGGUAUUGGGUUCUGUCUCAAUCACCCCAAGCAAAGCAACUUCCCAAAACCUCUAAAGAACAACGUAAAAGGAAGAACGCACCUGCAACAUUGUUUAUUAUUGAUAAUUUGAGUUAACUUGCAGUUAAUGAGAUUAGAAAACCUUCAUUAAGUGAUUACUAAAGUGAAUCUUCCAUAAAAUUUACCAAUGAGGUUAUCUAUGUGUGGAAACUAGUUCUGCUUUUGUCUAUUUAGCUAAAGAGUUGAGGGUAUUUUCGUUUUUCUAUCUUCAAUGUAUCUGUUCUCUAUAUGUGCUAUAAUCCUGAUGUCAUGGAAUUUUAUAAAGAAGUUAUCAGUUGUAACUGAAGUUAAGACUUUUGACCAAUGAAGAAUCUGAUGUGCAUCUUUUUUAUGCUUCCACCUCGUCUCUGUAUGUGUCAGCGUUUGCUCUCUUGAUUUAUGAGCAUCUCUAUCAUCUUUUCCUUGGGAUUCCGCGGAUAAGGUUUUCAGAGAGCAUGGCAAGGAGCUGGUUGGCUGCUAAGUAAGGGUUUGGUGGCCACUUGAUCAAGUGUGUGUGAUUUCACUGAAUUGCUAAGUUCGCAAGAAUCUUCACUUUUGAUGUUGCACCCGUGUCAGAUUCUCCAAAAAUUGACCCGUUGACAUUUUUGAAGAGUCCGAACAACAUAGAUGAAUUGAUAUAUCUUUUUUUUUUAUGUGUUGGCUUGCUCUUUUACCGAGUGUGUGGAAUUUUUUUCUGAAUAAACUCUUAAUGAAUUGCUUUGUCAUAAUUUUCUUAAUAUGAAUAAUGCAUAUGCAUCAGCCUUAGUUAUGAUGUCAAUUGCAGAAAUAUUUUGUAUUUUGAGGACCUAACAUUGUAGGUUAUAUUUGAGAAAGAUAAUGGUG